ACUUACCCGGGGCCCCUUAAUUCCCAUGUGCUACUUAAGCCUUCGGAAUAUGAUGUCUUCUCGCCACUUCUGGACUAAAUACGAUUCAGGUUGUCAAGUGAUCGAUUAGAAGAGAGAACAACAAUGGCACCACCCGUGAAGCUCCCGACCCGCAAGCUGGGCAAAAACGGCCCCGAGAUCACGGCCAUCGGCUUCGGCCUAAUGGGACUAAGCACAGCCUACGGCUCAGUUGGUUCUGAUGAAGACCGGCUCAAAGUGCUCGACCGCGCGUGGGAGCUGGGCUGCACCAACUGGGACUCGGCCGACAUGUACGGCGACAGCGAGGACCUGCUGGGCAAGUGGUUCGCGCGGCACCCGGAGCGGCGCGCCGACAUCUUCCUGGCCACCAAGUUCGGCCUGCGCCCCGGCGUGCGGGACGACGGGACACCGGGGUUGCUGGUCGACAGCUCCCCGGCGUACUGCCGCCAGCAGUGCGAGACCAGCCUGAAGCGGCUCGGCGUGGACUGCAUUGACCUGUACUACAUCCACCGCGUGGACGGCAAGACGCCCAUCGAGAAGACGAUGCAGGAGCUGGUCAAGCUGAAACAAGAAGGCAAGAUCAAACACAUCGGCAUCUCCGCCAGCUCGGCCACCACGCUCCGGCGGGCCUGCGCCGUCGCCCCCAUCGACGCCUACCAGGUCGAGUACAGCCCCUGGGCGCUGGACAUCGAAGGGCCCGAGAGCGACCACCUACUGCAGACGUGCCGCGAGCUGCACAUCUCUGUGUUCGCCUACGCGCCGCUGGGAAGAGGGAUCCUGACCGGCCAGAUCCGGUCGCCCGACGAUUUCGAGCCGGGCGACUUGCGCCGGCUGUACCCGCGCUUCAGCAGGGAGAACUUCCCUAAAAAUCUAGUGCUGGUGGAUAAGUUCCGGGCGAUGGCGGCCCGGAAGAAGGGGGGUUGCACGCCGGGACAGCUGGCUAUCGCGUGGCUGAUGGCGCAGGGCGGGGAUGUGAUACCGAUUCCCGGGACGAAGAAUGUGAAGUAUCUGGAGGAGAACGUCGGCGCGGUGCAUGUGGAUAUGAGUAAAGAGGAGGAGCAGGAGAUUAGGGGCUGGAUUGAGGAGGUGGGCAUUGCCGGGAUAAGGGUUCCGCCUGGGUUGUUGGAUGAGUUCAAUGACACGCCGCCGCUGGAGUGAGCUGUUCUUUGGUUAAGGUAGGUUUGCAAGAACAAUGGCAUUGUUGCGGGAUAUGCCGAAACUCUCUUCGUUAGCACGGGCUGUGACCUUGAGAAACAGAUCGUGCAGACGUUCCUGCUUGCCGUCGCCAACUCGAGAGAACGUGCUUGCGGAAAUGUCUGUCAAUCCAGAAAUACUGCGAAAGGCGAAGGGAAGUCGCAGCCCUGCGAACGAGAGACGGUGAUGCGAUGCAUCUGGCAGGUGGAUCCAGUGGAGUGGGGGACAGGUCCUGUACUUAGAUUCUUCUGGCUCGGUCAACAACCGACCUUGCAACCACCAUCAUCAAUUCAUACAAGUCAUAGCCU